GUGUCCAACCUGACGGUGGAGAACCAGACGUUCGCCGAGGCCGUGGAGCUGCCAGGGCUGGUGUUCGCGGUAACCAAGUUCGACGGGAUCCUGGGGAUGGGGUACCCCGUCCUCUCGGUGCGUGGGGUCACCCCAGUCUUCGACAGCAUGAUGGCGCAGGGGCUGCUGGACCAGAACAUCUUCUCCUUCCACCUCCGCAGGUCAAAGCCCCUGGCGGACGGGGGUGAGCUGCUGCUGGGGGGCAUGGAUCCGGGGCUGUACGAGGGGGAGCUGCAUUAUGUGCCCGUGUCCCGCAAGGCCUACUGGCAGAUCAAGGUGGACAAGAUCCGAGUGAAGAAGUCCCGGGGGCGGCACGGGUGCAAGGGGCCGGCUCUCUGCCAGGGGGGCUGCCAGGCCAUUGUGGACACGGGCACCUCCCUCAUCACGGGGCCCGUCAAGGAGAUCAAGAGGCUGCACAAAGCCCUGGGGCCCUUCCACGCCCAGGGUGGGCAGUACCUGCUGGAUUGUGACCAGCUCCCAGGCCUGCCCGAGGUCUCCUUCGUGCUGGGCGGGAAGCCCUUCAACCUGACGGGGGAGCAGUACAUGCUGAAGGUGACACAGCUAGGCAUCACCAUCUGCAUCAGCGGGUUCAUGGCCCUGGACGUGGCCCCCCCCGCCGGCCCCCUCUGGAUCUUGGGGGACGUCUUCCUGGGCCAGUACUACACGGUGUUCGACCGGGACCGGGACCGCGUGGGGCUGGCGCGGGCCAAGUCGCCCCCUCCCCUGGCACCGCGAGAGACGCCCCCACCCAGCACCACAGGGAGCCCCAAAACCCACCCCCCACACCGGAGCAGGGCCGACAGGAAGUUGGAUCCCUGGUCUGUCAAGGCUUCCUUGGGGAACCCCACUCGGCUGAAGAUGGUCAGCAGCAUGUCAGCCACGGUGUCUGCUUCGAUCGAGGACAAGGCCACCGCCUCGGGGUAG